AUGCACUUUACCACGACAUCUACGGUUAGCGCACUGCUGUUCUCGACCUCUCUUGUCGGCUCAGCAUAUGCCAUUGGCACUAGCCCUGUUCCCGUUGUUAUCGAGACUGAGACUUGUACCCCGGUUGAGCCCAACCACUUCGAGAAUCCAUCCUUCGAAACUGGCGACUUGACUGACUGGAUUAAUUAUCGUGCCAACCUUACUCCAGAUACCGGCACGGUUGUAUCAGGCAGUGAUGCUACUGAUGGCGAUUAUUAUUUCGCUGUUGAAAGCACAAGCAUUUAUACCUACGUGAAACAGACUGUGACGGGGCUUGAUACAUCUUCCACGUACACGUUAUCCGCAAACUAUAAAUUUACUGUCGCUCCCCCCGAUGUUCCCGAUCCUAGGAGAACCUGCUAUGUCGCUUUUGCGCAGAACUUUUGGUACGCUUGGAUAGUUGGCAGGCAAACAGCGACCGUGAAUGGGGAGUGGAAUACUCUCACAACAACUUGGACGCCCACCUCGGAUACUGCGACAGUUUUCUUCAUCUAUGCAUGCACUAUCAACACCGGGUUUGAAUUGGAUAAUCUUAAGCUCAAGGGUGUCAAUGAUGCUCCAACGAGUACUUGCGUCACGACCACUUCCACUUCAACACCAGCUAUUAUUCCUUUUUCUUCAACACCAGCUGCGAUCUCCUCACCCAUCGUGCCCUCCUCUAUUGUGAGCUCCAGUUAUGUGGCUAGCUCCUCCAACAUCCCUUUGUCCACUGCCACACCAAGCCCUAGCAAGCCUGUCAAGUCGAGCCCUGUUUCAUCUUCUCCUAUACGGACUCCGACUUUGCCUCCUAGCACUUCGCCGUCAUCUAGUCCAGUUUUCUUGAGCAGUCAGCCUAUAAGCUCUACUCCUGUUCGUUCUUCUCCCAGUACCGCACCCUCUAGUCAUGUGACAAGCUCUUCUAGCGGCAUCGUGUCUACUGUUACACCGAGCUCUAGCAAGCCUGUCAAGUCAAACCCUGUUUCCUCUUCUCCUGUGCGGACUCGGACUUUGCCCCCUAGCAAUUUGCCGUCAUCUAUUCCAGUUCCUUUGAGCCGUCGGCCUAUCAGAUCGACCCCGGCUGCAUCUAUAGUUCCUGCUUCUUCAUUGCCGACACCGAGCAGCUCAGGUCUUCCUCCCAAUGGCUCUGGCUCAGGUUCUGGCUCUGGCUCUAGCUCUGGCUCUGGCUCUGGCUCCGGUUCUGGCUCUGGCUCCGGCUCAGGUUCAGGUUCAGGUUCUGGCUCAGGUUCAGGUUCUGGCUCCGGUUCUGGCUCUGGCUCCGGCUCAGGUUCUGGCUCCGGCUCUGGCUCUGGCUCCGGUUCUGGCUCUGGCUCCGGUUCUGGCUCUGGCUCCGGCUCAGGUUCUGGCUCCGGCUCUGGCUCUGGCUCCGGUUCUGGCUCUGGCUCCGGUUCUGGCUCUGGCUCCGGCUCAGGUUCUGGCUCCGGCUCUGGCUCUGGCUCCGGUUCUGGCUCUGGCUCCGGCUCAGGUUCUGGCUCCGGCUCUGGCUCUGGCUCCGGCUCUGGCUCUGGCUCCGGCUCUGGCUCUGGCUCCGGUUCUGGCUCCGGCUCAGGUUCAGGUUCUGGCUCCGGCUCUGGCUCCGGUUCUGGCUCUGGCUCUGGCUCUGGCUCUGGCUCUGGCUCUGGCUCUGGCUCCGGCUCAGGUUCUGGCUCUGGCUCCGGUUCUGGUUCUGGCUCCGGUUCUGGCUCUGGCUCCGGCUCAGGUUCUGGUUCUGGCUCUGGCUCCGGCUCUGGCUCCGGCUCUGGCUCCGGCUCCGGCUCUGGCUCUGGCUCUGGCUCUGGCUCUGGCUCUGGCUCUGGCUCUGGCUCUAGCUCGAUUGUUGUUGGUACUCCUGGCUUCCCGACUACCGAAGGUGCUCGCCCUACCGGCCUGUCUUCAUCUGGAGCUAGUAGUGGCUCUGUCGUAAGCAGUACCUUUGAGGCCGUCUUUACUACUUCUACUGUCUUUGCCACUCACACAUCCACUGUGACUGCAUGCCCCUCGUCUGUAAAGGAUUGCCCGGCUUCUGAGAAAUCAACUUAUGUGACUACCGAGACAGUAGUGGACUAUACCACUAUUUGUCCAGUAACUGCUACCGAGACUGCCAAGGCAACUGAAGAGGUUACUCCUACAGGUGUGCCUGGUACUCCAGGUGUUACGGCCGCAAGCAUUGCGUCUGAUACUAGAUUUACUACUUCUACUGUCUUUGCCACCCAUAUAUCCACUGUCACUGCAUGCCCCUCGUCUGUGAAGGAUUGCCCGGCCUCUGAGAGAUCAACCUACGUGACUACAGAGACUAUUGUUGACUAUACCACUAUCUGCCCUGUUACUGCUACCGAGACAGCUGGAAAGCAUGCUCAGACCACUGUUCCCGCUGCCGCUGGUCCAUUGGAGACCAGUGGAUCUUCCGAAUCCGGUUUCUCCUCCGCCUCUACCUCAAAGGCCUCUGCCAAUCAGCUGAGUUCAUCUGUCUCUUAUAUAACUGAGAUCUCUACCAUCACUGGCUGCCCAUCUGCGGGAAUCUGCGCUCCUUCAGAAGCGAUUACAUACGAAACCACUGAAACUAUUGCUGUAUCAACCGAGAUUGUCACACUUACCCCUGCUGAGACUUCUAGCACCACUGCUACUCAGAUUGUUGCUAUUGGUGCAGAAACAACAACUAUCAGCCGCAAUACUACAUCCCUUAAGCCUUUCUCGUCUGGCUUCUUCAGUGUGGGUGCUUCGUCAGUUCCUUACGCCGGAUCUGGCUCGGUCUCUUCUCCCACGACCAGCUCCUUCGCCCCUAUUUACACUGGCUCUGCCUACACAUUCACUCUUUCUUCCGGCAUCUUGUACGCACUUACAUUCUUUGCUGUGGCGAUUGUUCUCUAA